AUGAAAGACCCGUUCCCCAUCGCACCUCCGACGGCUCUCAUUGAGCUGGUGAAGCCUAUUGCCGAUCCCUUGGGUCUGCCCUCUCUGGCAUUGCACGCUCACGAGGUGCUCUUUGCGUUCGGGCUGUACAUAUUCAUCGAUACUGUCGUCUCGCCGAUCUUAUCCAGCAGACUAUGCCCGGGCACCUACAACAAGCUUAACAAGCGGACUCGACUCAACUGGGAUGUGCAUGUCGUCUCAUUCUUCCAGUCGGUAUUGAUCAGCGCGCUGUCACUGUACGUUAUCUUCUACGACGAGGAGCGAGCAGCCCUUCGACCACGAGGAAGAUGGGAGGAACGAAUCUGGGAAUACACGGGCGUCUCCGGCCUCUGCCAGUCCUUCGCAUUGGGCUACUUCAUGUGGGACUUCUACAAAUGCGCCUGGCACGUUGAGAUCUUUGGCUGGGGAAUGUUGGCACACGCGAUUUCAGCUUUCAGUGUCUUCGCCCUUGGGUACAGACCUUUCAUCCACUUCUAUGCGCCCAUCUUCCUGCUGUACGAACUCAGUAGCCCGUUCUUGAACAUCCACUGGUUCUGUGAUAAGCUCGAACUCACCGGAUCGAUCUACCAGGCUAUCAACGGAGUCUUCCUGACGGGAACCUUCUUCGCUUGCAGACUGGUCUGGGGUAACAUCAGCUCUUUCUGGGUCUUCUACGAUAUCUUCCACGCGAUCCAAAAAGGCAGCACGAGCAUCACGAACACCGACACCGGAGCACCAAAGCACUACUCCGCUGACGAUCUGCUCACUAUCUAUGGAGAUGAGCAAGGACAAAGGCUAGCAUUUUCAGGAGGCUACAAAGUCCCAAUCUGGCUCGGCUUGGUCUACCUCGCCAGCAACCUGACGCUGAACUCCCUCAACAUCUUCUGGUUCGGCAAGAUGAUCGAGACGAUUCGCAAGAGGUUCGACCCACCACUCGGCACGAAAAGCAAAGGAGAAGAAUACUCUGGUUAUGAGCCAAAGGAGAAGGUCAAGAAGGAGAAAGCCUACAACACAAGCGCUGCGCAAAGACUCGACCCGAACGCGAGCCAGCCCGUCACUUCGAGCGGCAAGGGUAGUGUCAAGGCUGCAAGACAAAGAGCUGAGGCAGCGAUGGAUGGGGCGAUUGCGAGCAGUGAGGACAUCAACACGCAGAGGGUCACACUGGCGGACGGCAGCAAAGGCGUGCAGGUAGAAGGGCAAAGGACGCUGCGGACAAGGAGGAAAGCGUAA